GACUUGAGUUUGAUUGAAUGAUAAUGGAACGCAAUUUCCCAACGACUUUUGGGGUUUGAAAAUUUAUUUUUGCGGUGAAUUAAUAUUUUGUUUUUACAUGAAAUCAUAAAAAUAAGCACAAUGAUAUUAUCCGAUGGAAUAAACCACGGAAAACUACAAUCAAUUAUAGUAGGUGAACUGAAGAAAGCGGGGUUAAAGCACCGAUUAAAGAAAAUCAUAUCAAAAAGUGUGAAAGAUGGUAAAACUGUAUUUGGAGCACCUUUAUUCAAAGUGCCGUCAUGCAGCGUCAUUUGUUGUGGAAGCACCCUGAGCAUCCCUAUGGUCGUUAGUGAGAUGUCCUGUGUGCUGCGAGCCAAUGCACAUGUAGAGGGGUUGUUCCGGAAAGCUGGUUCGCAAACCCGCCAGAAAGACAUAAAGAGGCUUCUCGAUGCAGGAGGUUGUGUAUCGGAAGGCCACCACCCGAUAGAUGUGGCUAGUGUACUGAAGCUGUACCUACGGAACCUGCCAGAGCCUCUCAUCAGUGCAGAAGUACAGGACCUGCUGCUCCAAUGCAAAGUCUCAGGCGGAGACAACGCCUUGAAGUCUAUUUUAAACACACUCCUGCUCCUCCCUGUUCUACAUGUGCACCUCUUACAUUAUAUUACAGAGCUGCUCAAAUUCAUAGCAUCAAGGCACAAAGACAACUUGAUGGACACAUCUAACCUGGCCAUAGUGAUGGCUCCGAGCAUCAUGCCACUGCCGGCCGCAGCCUCGGCACAGAGGCUGGAGCACCAUGUUGCACUUGUCAAGAUAUUCAUUGAGAAUUCUCAACACAUUGGAAUACUAACAGAAGAUCUCAUGUCACAGUUGGAUGAUGAUUCAGAUGUAUAUCAUGCAAAGAGAAAGAAAAGAAGAAGUGGUUCACUAAACCGAGUCCUGAACGGCCUACGCAAGAUGGUCUCCAGCAGCGUCAACACGCCGGCUACGGUGCGCGAGGGCGGCAAGACGCCGGUGCUCAGCAAGUCCGCCGCCAAGAGAAAGUUCGACAGCUAUGAAGGGCUUUCCGCUAAAACGAAGAAAGAUAUCAAGAAGAAUCUACCCCAAAAAGAGUUGUCAUUCACCCCAAUGAAAUUAGGUUUCGAGCGCAAGAGACUACGGCUGAGUCUAGUGGACGCUCGGAGCACACCCAACAUGCACACAGAGUACAUUUCCAAAAACUCCGAAACAAGCAUCAGCAGUGAGGACAUGCUCACUUCCUCCGAACACCUGUUCAGCGCCCACGACACCAUCGACCUCUCUCCCGACAUGAAGCAAGACAACAAAGACUACGUCAGAAUACCCAAACAAGAGUACGAAGAAAUCAAAAGCCGAGUAUCCGCCAUAGAGAACAGACUGUCGAGAGAGUUCACGGAUGUCGGGCCCCGAGUGGAACCCCUGCAGAAUGUUCAAAACGUCUACGAACAAACGCUAGAGGAAGUGGCGAUGCUCAACAGCUGCUCCCAGUCGGACACGCUAGCUCGCCGCCUCAGCAGAGAACUGAAGAUACGGCCAACGGAACAAGCCAAGAUAAUCAGAUCGCCGAGCGCCAGGAAAAUUGGCAAUAUAAGACGGCGAUCCAAAGAAAACAUCACAAAAAUUGUGAGACACAAGUCAUGGAACGUGUCUUCACAAUCUAGUCACAAUUUAGAUAGGUUUUAUCCAUACAUCGGACUGAAUCGAGAGAGAACAAGCACUGCCAAUAACUUACCGGUACCAAAGACAAAAGGUAAUGACUGGGAGGGAUCAGCUUCAGAACAGUCUACAAACGAUAUUUCAAACUCCAGUCGCAAGUACAGUCUACGGAAACGCACGAGCCUGGCUUCAGACUGCAAUCUAAACAAAACGAUCGGCAAACCGCACGCAAGGAGGUCCCUCAACAUAACGAACAACAGUUACGACGGCACAGCUUCAGAAACAUCCACUUUGAACAACACCACUCUAAAUUCAAGUGGAAAAUCAAACGAUUCUAUGAACAAGCCGAACCAUUAUCAAAAUAUUACUACGCGGUCAACGAGGCGUAGCCCUUCGCAGCAGAAGUGGAGAAACGCGGCAGCUUUCUUCAUGGACAAAACUGGCGAGGUCGAGGGCAGCAACAACUCAGGAAGGCCGUCUGUUAACAAGCUGCGGCGGCAGAACGCGGGCGCGGUCAUGGCCAAAGCCAAGCUAUUCGAGACUAGCUCCGAUAAAUCUUCUGAAAGGGAGAACAAAGUGAUACACGGCGGCUUCGCAAGGCGGCCGAGGGUGAGCGCGCAACACGCGUACAGGGCGCAGAGGAUGAUGGCGGCCGCGAUGACAAAAGUAGAGGACCCGCCGUGCGUGCCGCCGAAGAUGAGUCGGAAUGUCGCGCCAGCGGUUCCCAUGCGCUCGAAUCGGCAGAAUACCAACUACCCUGGACGAGAGAGUGAGGGCUGGCGUUCAAAAAAAGCAACGCCUAAGAAGGUGGUGUCGCCUCAGUCGCACGCCAUGCGGACGCCACACACGCCCGCCUUGAAGAAGUCGCUCUGUCCGUCGCGGCCGCUACGCACACCAGUUGCCACCGACGCCCGGAGACUCAACACACCAAUGAAAGCAGUGCACAUCUCGCCCAGAAGACAAUCUCCUCGACAAAAGUUCCAACGUUACCUACAAGGAAAUUAGAAUAGAUAGGUACUAUAUUUAUUAUCAUUUAGAAUUAAUUGUGACUAGAUAUAAAAGUAUCAUUUUUUAAACGCAAUGUACUUAAUUAGAAUUAGGUGUUUUCAUUAAUUAUAUGAUUUGUUUGUGAUUAUCCAGUGGCCAUUUUGUAUAUAGAUUUAAUUGUUAAUUAUUGCAAUUUGCAAAAUAUGAAUGAUUUUGAAUCAA